AGUCCCACAGUUCUUUGCGGCAUGUGUCCGGAAGUUAUACGCCGCCAUUGACGGAGGGUCAUCGAAGGUACCACGCAGUUUGGCUUUAGGUCAAUAAAAAGACGCAGUCAUGCCGCCUGGCCCUGUUCAAAUUGUUCAGCCGGAGCUCAACAAGAAUGAUGCAACAGAAGAAACCCCAGCCACUAAACCCAUCGUUGGCAUUAUAUACCCACCACCAGAGGUCCGAAACAUUGUCGACAAAACAGCCAGCUUUGUCGCCAGGAAUGGGCCGGAAUUCGAAGCAAGAAUUAGACAGAAUGAAAUCAACAAUCCAAAGUUUAAUUUCCUCAACCCAAACGACCCAUACCAUGCUUAUUACCGACACAAGGUCAAUGAGUUCAAGGAAGGUAAAGCCCUGGAACCAUCUGCAGCUGUGCCUAAGGUUAUGCAGCAGACCAUGCAGCAGACCCAGCAACUUCCUCAGAAAGUGCAGGCAAUCCAGGAGGUACCCAAAGAACCACCUCCAGAGUAUGAGUUUAUUGCUGAUCCUCCAUCGAUCGCUGCAUUUGAUCUGGAUGUUGUCAAACUUACCGCCCAGUUUGUUGCCCGCAAUGGCCGCCAGUUCCUUACUCAGCUCAUGCAAAAAGAACAGAGGAACUACCAGUUUGAUUUUCUACGGCCCCAACACAGUCUUUUCAACUACUUCACAAAAUUAGUUGAACAAUAUACAAAGAUUCUAAUACCUCCCAAAGGCCUGUUGAUAAAGCUGAAGAAAGAGGCAGAGAAUCCCAAAGAUGUUAUGGACCAGGUAAGGUACCGUGUUGAAUGGGCAAAGCACCAGGAGCGUGAAAGAAGGAAGGAAGAGGAAGAAAGAGAGAAGGAACGAGUCGCUUAUGCUCAAAUCGACUGGCAUGACUUUGUUGUGGUCGAGACAGUGGAUUUCCAGCCUAAUGAGCAAGGCCACUUCCCCCCACCAACGACACCAGAGGAGCUUGGUGCCCGCAUCCUAAUCCAAGAGCGUUAUGAGAAGUAUGGUGAGAGUGAGGAGGUUGAAAUGGAGGUCGAAAGUGAUGAUGAGAAUGAUGAACGGGAGGUACGAAAUGCAGGCCACGCCAUACAACCUGAUCAAGACACACAGGUUCAGGACAUGGAUGAGGGAUCUGAUGAUGAUGAUGAAGGCAUGAAAGCACCACUGCCACCCAGCAACCCAAUGCCACCCCCGCUACCCCCAACCCCAGACCAAGUUAUUAUUCGUAAAGAUUACGAUCCAAAAGCUUCCAAGCCUCCAGCUCCAAUUGCAAUUUCUGAUGAGUAUCUAAUCUCGCCUAUUACUGGUGAGAAGAUCCCAGCUAGUAAAAUACCAGAGCACAUGCGUAUUGGUCUGCUGGAUCCGCGCUGGCUGGAACAAAGGGACCGUAGCAUCAGAGACAGGCAGACUGAAGAUGAAGUUUAUGCUCCUGGUUUGGAUAUUGAUAGCAGCCUGAAACAACUGGCUGAGAGGCGUACUGAUAUCUUUGGUGUGGAGGAGACAGCCAUUGGUAAGAAGAUUGGAGAAGAAGAAAUUCAGAAGCCAGAGGAGAAGGUUACCUGGGAUGGCCAUUCUGGAAGCAUGGCACGCACCCAGCAAGCAGCACAAGCUAACAUCACCCUCCAAGAGCAGAUUGAAGCUAUUCACAAAGCCAAAGGGCUGGUGGGAGAGGAUGACAAUAAGGAGAAAAUCGGUCCAAGCAAGCCCAGUGAAACUCACCACCUGCCUCCCAUUCCAUCAUCUGCACCCAGUUUGCCUAAGCCCACCCCUCCAAUCACAGCACUGCCUCGCCCCCCCACCACUGUGGGCCCUCCAGUGCGUACAACUCUUUUGUCAGCUGUACCAGUAAUUCCAAGGCCCCCAGUGGCCCCUGUGGUCCGCCUGGCUCCAGGACAAGUUAUAGCACCAAUGCCUCCCAUGAUUCCUGCUCCUCGCAUCAAUGUGGUUCCCAUGCCACCAUCGGCACCUCACAUGAUGGCUCCCAGACCACCUCCCAUGGUCGUUCCAGCUACAUUUGUUCCUGCUCCACCGGUACCACAACCCCCAAAUAUAGCUCCGGCACCACCAUCCCAUCCACCGCCACCUCAUGAGGAUGAGCCACACAACAAGAAGAUGAAGACCGAGGACAACCUUAUUCCAGAGGUGGAAUUUCUUCGACGAAACAAGGGUCCGGUGGCAGUUAAAGUCCAGGUCCCCAACAUGCAGGACAAGUCGGAAUGGAAGCUAAAUGGCCAAGUGCUCAAUUUCACUGUCCCACUCAUCGACCAGGUGUCUGUUAUUAAAGUCAAAAUCCAUGAAGCUACAGGCAUGCCGGCGGGAAAGCAGAAGCUACAGUUUGAGGGCAUUUUCAUCAAAGAUUCUAACUCUCUGGCUUAUUACAACAUGAACAAUGGAUCAGUCAUUCACUUGGCAUUGAAAGAGAGAGGUGGAAGAAAGAAGUGAACAAACCAUCUGAAAAGAUCUAUGUUCAAGCAUUUUUUUGUUGUUUUACUUUAUCUUGUCAAGAUUUAAUUUUCAGCAUAGUUGUAGUUUUAGUCCAUAUUGUGUAGAGCUUGUUUACAUAUCCAUUGUCAUGUAAUCUAAUUGAAAGUGUUGUUGUAAAUCACUGACUCAAUUCGGUUGCUCAAUAGUGCUUUUUCAUUAAAUAAAGCUGGUGGG